CAAGCUUUCAGAUGUGAUUUUGGAGAGCGGGAAGAAUCAUGGCGAGAGUGAAGUUAACCUAAACUGCGUGCGUUCGCCAAAUGUGUUUCGGCAAAUGGCCAGUGUCACUAGUUGAACCUGUGGGUAUGGUUACAGCAAUUGAUCAAAUCAGCGGCUGAAAACCUGGCGGUAGCAUUAGCUCUUAAUAGGUAGUCAGUAUUAGCUAAGAAGUGACUGUUGUUCAUAUCUCAGUUUCUGUGAAACAGCAACAGAGGAACAUGGCUGCAUCCACAGUGGAGUACACCAUUGGGGGGGUGAAGAUCCACUUCCCCUGUAAGGCAUAUCCGUCCCAGCUGGCCAUGAUGAAUUCAAUCAUACGUGGGCUGAACAAUGGGCAGCACUGCUUGCUGGAGAGUCCCACAGGAAGUGGAAAGAGCUUGGCCUUGCUCUGCUCGGCCCUGGGCUGGCAGCAGGCACAGUUUGCAAAACUGCAAGAAGGAGGAAGCCCUGUGGAUGAUAAGAGCCAGUCAGAUAAAAACUGUGGCGACUAUAAAAAAUCAGAUGUCAAAACCACCUGUCAGUGUGUGUGCCACAGCAGAGCCAACACGCGUACAGCUACACCAGCAGCCAAACCUGCUGACAGCACUGUAUCACCCUGCAAAAAGACAGCAGAGUCGCCACCUGCAGCACCCAAACAUGCACCAGAGGCGUCACAGCCUAAGAAACAAUCUCUAGCCUCCCGCCUCUCUGAGAAGUCCCAGGCUUCCUUCAGCUCUGGGCGAGAGACAGACGAUGACUUCCAGCUAGACAGGAAACGCAUUCGCACUGCUGAGCACAAGAGCCGUAAAAGGCAGCGUCUGGAACGGGGAGUGAUAUUCAUAGAUGAUGAGGAGGUAAAUGAGCCGUCAGAGACUCAGAGUUCGAGGACGGAGCCAAACAGCCAGGCAGCUGGGCUGUCCUCAUCCUGCUGUUCCCCUGAACCCUGCACUCGCUGCCCAUGUUCUUCAACCAAAGAAGAUGUGAAAGACAAAGACAAAGAUGGCAAAAAGAAGAUUCCUAAGAUCUUCUUUGGAACUCGCACUCACAAGCAGAUAACUCAAAUCACCCAUGAGCUGAAGCGCACUGUGUACUCCAGUGUGCCCAUGACCAUCUUAUCCAGCAGAGAUCACACAUGUGUCAACCCAGAGGUGGCGGCUCACUCCAGCCGCAAUGAACGCUGCAAGGACCUGCUGGAGGCCAAAAAUGGCAGGUCAUGCCGCUAUUAUCAUGGUGUCCAGAAGAUGCGGGACCAGUACGUGCUUCAGCAGGUCCAUGGACUCCAAGAAGCCUGGGAUAUCGAGGACCUAGUUGCACUGGGUAAACGGCUCCGGGCCUGUUCCUACUAUGCUGCCCGUGAACUUCUCCAGGAUGCCUCCAUCAUCUUCUGCCCUUAUAACUACCUGCUGGACCCAAUGAUCAGAGAGAGUAUGGAUAUCAAUCUGGCAGGCCAGAUCUUGGUGCUGGACGAGGCCCACAACAUUGAGGACUGUGCAAGAGAGAGUGCCAGUUUUACUUUAAACCAUGACAAUCUGCGGAUGUCCAGGGAUGAGCUCGAUGGCAUGGUCAACAACAACAUCAGACGAUCCAAACACGAGCCACUUAGGGACUUCUGCUACAGCCUGAUGAACUGGAUCCAAGAGAGCCAAAGCCUGAUGUCAGAACGGGAAUAUGAAAGCGCCUCUAAAGUCUGGAGUGGGAAGGACAUAUUAGAAAUCUUUCACACCCUGGGCAUCACUGCUGCCACUUUUAGUAUUCUGAAGCAAAACUUGGCAGCAGUAUUGGAGAAAGAGGAGCGUGUUGGUUUUGUUAAUGGUAGAGAGGAUAUGGUGCAGAUCCCAACCAUCAGCUCUGCUACCUCUGCUGUCCUCAAAAGCCUCUUCAUGGUGCUGGACUUCCUCUACAGAGACAACUGCAGGUUUGCUGAAGACUAUCGGAUAGCCCUCCAGAAGAGCUAUGCUUGGACAGACCAGGUCCCACCUGAUGUCCCUGAUGCCCAAGGGUAUUUUGUUCGGCCACGUCAAAGAAAACGCCAGAGCGUCCGUGUCAAGGCAGAAGUCCUGACACUCAGCUUCUGGUGCCUCAACCCUGCUGUGGCUUUCUCUGACUUGAGUGGCUCAGUGCAAAGCAUUGUACUGACAUCAGGAACUCUGUCACCCAUGGGCUCCUUCUCUUCUGAACUUGGGGUGAAGUUCUCCAUCCAGCUGGAGGCCAACCAUGUUAUCAACAAGUCCCAGGUUUGGGUAGGCACUGUCGGUGCAGGACCCCAAGGCAGAAAACUGUGUGCCACCUUCCAACACACAGAAACGUAUACGUUUCAGGACGAAGUGGGUGCGCUGCUGCUCCAUGUCUGCCAGGUCGUGGCCAAGGGUGUGCUCUGCUUUUUGCCUUCUUAUAAGAUGCUGGACAAGCUGCGAGAUCGAUGGACUAAUACAGGUCUCUGGGGGAAGCUAGAACAACAGAAAACAGUGAUAACAGAGCCCCGUGGCGGUGGCAAGGGGGAUUUUGAUGAACUGCUUCAGACGUACUAUGAUGCCAUCAAAUACUGUGAGGAAGGAGAUGGUGCACUGUUGAUUGCUGUCUGUAGAGGUAAAGUGAGCGAAGGUCUUGACUUCACAGAUGACAAUGCCAGGGCAGUGGUCACCAUUGGAAUUCCCUUUCCAAACAUCAAAGAUCUCCAGGUGGAACUGAAGAUGAAGUACAAUGACCAGCACUGCAAGUCCAGAGGUCUUCUCCCCGGCAAUCGGUGGUAUGAGAUUCAGGCCUACAGAGCUCUGAACCAGGCCCUGGGGAGGUGCAUCCGCCACAGGAAUGAUUGGGGUGCCCUAAUUCUAGUUGAUGACCGUUACAGGAAUAAUCCAAAUAAGUACAUCACCGGUCUGUCUAAAUGGGUCCGCCAGCUUGUCCAGCAUCAUGACACCUUCAGCAACGCCAUGCAGUCUCUGGUUGCAUUCUCUCAGGGGCAGCAGAAGGUGCAGGUGGCCCCUGCAAACAGUCGGACCCACAGCUCGACUGUCUCCUCUCCAGAUAAUCACUCGCCAGUAGCUGUAGAGGGACAGUGUCUACCCAAGGCCUCAGAACCUCACACACCCUGCUCACGUGUCACACUGCCUGACCCUCAGCAGGAUACAAGCCGCUCAACCCUCCAUUUCUUUCCUCGUACACAGUUGAGAGCUGAACAAAAGGAAAAAGCGGAAUGUUCAAAGAUGACACACAGUCCCACAGCAGAGCCCCUGUCACAUCAAAAAACAACAGCACAGCCUCUGUACCACAUUUUCAACUCCAGACCCAUCAGCACCUGCUUCAAGAGGCCAAUCUUUAAAGUAAAAACGCCCAGUGAUUCCGACCAGCAUGAAGAAAGCUCUAGUCAUUAUGAGCAUGAGGGGAAACAGCAGAUCAGAUUCUCUGCACAAAAGAAAGCUGGAGUGAUUUGUCUUGAGCAAGGAGCUCCAAGCACUUCCAGUGAAAUCAAAGUGGAAACACACAGUGCGGAGCCUUCUACAGUAGCAACCCCUCUCAGCUGUGAAAGUGAACCACCAUCUGCAGACAAUGCUGAUGAGGAGGAAGAAGAUGAGGACCAGACUGUGUUCUUCACCCCGGAACUUUUUGAGGGCGAAGCCAGCCCAGAGAAAGAGACGAAGACCAAGUUGCCUCCCAAGAUGGAGAGCCCUGCCCUGCUGUCAGAAGAGCCUUCUGCCUCUGAGAAUGCCCAAGGGCAGGGGCAAGCCUCUGCUUUUGAACGACAGAGUGAUAUUUCAGUCAGUAAGGAGAGCACAGAGAUGUCACAGAGACAGAAAGAAGGAAUUAAAGGACAGAUGCAAAGCGAGGGAGAACAGGCAGAUAACCAGAGCAGACCAACCUACAAUAUUUUUCGCAGACUGUCCAGGUCCGGGCACAAAGCUUGCUCCACUGUAACAGGUGGAAGCUUUGAACUCAAGAGUGUAGGGAGAGUGAGUUUUCAGCAGACUAUGUCCAGGAGCAGCCAGAGCAGGACAGACCAGGCCAGAGCAGAUCAUGAGUUCAAGGCAGUGAUUCUGGAUUUGAAGACCAGACCAUCCAGAGACAGACCCAAGAGAGUAUGCAGCUCAGAAAGAGACAGCGUUCAGCCAACUCUUUUGCCAAGGGUUCAGGACAAUAGUAGGAUUACCAACGAACAGACAGAACACAUCUUCAAAUUAAUUGUAGAUGACAGAGAGACUGAGUCAGGAAGGUCCUUCAUGGGUGUGAGAGCACACAAGGUACCUGCUACACCUGUUACUUUCACUGAGUUUGACAUUGUGACUCCCAGAAGAGAACACAUAGGGGGUCUGCAAGGCACUGCAGCAGCAGGAAGUGGACCUACCAGUUCAGCAGUGGAUAGUCCAGGAAGUCCACGCGGCAGCCAGAAAGCUAUUAAAGUGCAGAGAUGUUGCAAGCAGAAACGCAGAAGAUUUAACAAGACCUGUCCGAAAAGAAAGAGAGUCACAGACCAGAAGCCCUGCUCCUUGGGUCUCUACUGUUCUGUGUGUGAAAAGGAACUACUUCCUGUUGCGCACGGUGCAUUAAAACGUGCUGUUUGUGAAUCUGAACAUUUAGCUUUUCUGGGAAAAGACACAUUUAUUCCUGCAGCAUCAACCUGCCGCUGCAGGUGCGCAACACAUCAGCCAUUAGUUUCUGACAACUCAGGCUCACUGUUAGUUGUCCAAAGUCUCACAUCACUGAAGGCCCUAAGGACUGCUCUGCAACCCUACUGUGAUACCAGUUUCACAGCAUAUAAUGCCAUCUGGAACCCUGAAGACAGCUCUAUUACCCGAUUCCUGCAGUGCAAAGGCUGUUUGUCUCAAAGCCCUGUUCUGCCUGCAGCUUUAAUUGCAGCAGAGAUCCAGUACCCUCAAGACAUGGAUCAAGAUCAGAUAUGGUUGGCCCCAUCAGCAGUCCGCUUCUGCACUUUUAUCCACAUUAAAAACUGAAGCUUAAACAAGACCGGGAUGAAGAGAUCACUCAUAGCAGUAUUUCUUUUUCCAAUUAAUUGUAUGAAUUGUCAUUAUUUUUACAACAUGUAAUAGCCACAAUUCAAAUAUGGUUUAUAUGUGUAAAAGUGUGCACUGUGUUCUGUGUUG